AUGAGGCAAGCUAAUGAGGCCAUAAUUAGAGUGAGACAUCCAAUACCUACCAUUGAUGAAACUUUGCACGACCUAAAUGGAAGUUGUAUUUUCAGCAAGCUGGACCUGAAGUGGGGUUUUCAUCAAUUAGAGCUAGCUGAAGAAUCUCGUGACAUCACCACUUUUGUUACUCACGAUGGACUGUUUUGGUACAAAAGACUUAGUUUUGGUGUCACUUCUGCACCUGAAAUUUAUCAGCACACCAUCCAGCAGGCACUCCAAGGAUGUGACGGAGUGAGAAACAUGUCGGACGACAUCAUUGUACAUGCCAAAACAGUGAAAGAGCAUGACCGCAGAUUAUUAGCUGUGAUUGAGAAACUAGGCAGCAAGGGAUUGAUAUUUAACAAGGAAAAAUGUCAACUUCGUCUCCGAAAACUAGAAUUUUUGGGACACAUCUUAUCGGACAAAGGAAUCGACCCAACCAGAGAGAAGGUGAAAGCUACAGUAGAAGCUAGACCGCCAACAAACGCAUCAGAAGUCAGAAGUUUCCUUGGACUGGUUACAUAUUGUGGAAAGUUCAUUCCUAAUCUAGCAACACUGUCAGAACCGUUGAGAAUUUUGACAAGGAAAAAUCAACCAUUUACUUGGGGCCCUGAACAAGACCAAGCAUUCAGAAAGCUGAAGACAAGUUUAUCAAAAGCCGAGACAUUAGGAUAUUUUGAUCCAAAAGUAAGAACUCAAGUGAUAGCUGACGCCAGUCCAGUGGGGCUUGGUGCAGUGCUAGUACAGAUACAACAGGGAGAGCGCUACCAUAAGCCUCUACAGUUCAUCUACAGCAAGAAGUCAAAUCCAUGUGCCCGCAUCCAACGAUGGGUAUUGAGACUUCAACCCUUCCAGUUCACAGUAAAGUACAUUCCUGGACACAAGAAUGUUGCUGAUGUACUAUCUCGACUGUGGAUCUAUAAAUCCGAUACACCUUCACCAAGUCAAAUGUCUGAGGAUUUCUAUAGGAAAAGUAAUCCUCAGAGGUACACGUAUUGUGAUUCCAACCAGUUUGAGAAAGUUUUAACCGCUGCUCAUGAGGGACACCAAGGGAUCACUAAAACAAAACAGCGACUGAGAGAGAAAGUGUGGUGGCCAAAGAUUGAUAGUGAUGCCGAACGUGUUUGCAAGAAAUGCUAUGCAUGUCAAGUAGUUGGAGGUCCGUCAUCACCUGAACCUUUACGCCGUAAAGUGCUUCCAGAUUAUCCAUGGCAAGCUACAGCAAUCGAUCUAAUGGGAUCUUUUCCAACAGGAGAAUCAGUAUUGGUGUAUGUGGACUAUUACGGCCGUUUCUUUGAAACUUAUAUUUUGAAGAACACAGGAUCAACCAAAAUCAUUGAAUGUUUGGAGGAAACUUUCGCUCGUUAUGGUAUUCCUGACAGUCUGAGAAGUGACAACGGAACACAAUUUCGGUCUACAGAAUUUGAGAAGUUUCUAGAGGAAUACGGCAUCACCCAUAAAACAUCUACACCUUAUUGGCCGCAAGCUAAUGGCGAAGUGGAGCGACAGAACACGACCUUAUUAAAAGCUAUCAGAACAGCUCAUGUUGAAGGGAAGGAUUGGAGAAAGGAGUUGCUAAAAUUCCUAUCAGCUUACAGAAGCACACCGCAUACAGUAACUGGAGUUGCGCCAAACAAACUUAUUUUCCGAUAUCCAGUGAAGACAAAGAUUCCUAGCCUUCCCGAGAGAGAAGAGGAAGACAUUCGAGUUAAAGACUGGAUGAAAAAGAAGAAAGAGAAGGAAUAUGCAGACAAGAGUAAGAACGCAAAACACAGUCAAAUCUUUCCACCAAGUGAGGUACCAGAGGAUGAUGUGGACGACCCUAAUGUUGCGAAAGACCGUGGAGACUCUCUGCAUACAAGACCAGUUCGGGAACGCAGGCUACCAACUCGGUUCAAAGACUUUGUUUUGACAUAA